CAUAGUACUCCACUGUGAGUUCUUAAAGUUGAGCUUGUUGUUCAGUAGGAAGUGUCCCAAUUUCUCCCAUAGCAGCUCAAGGCAGAAGCUUUCUGCCGGAGCUAAAGAGGCAGCAAAGCAAAGCCGCCGGAAAAUAUAGAAACCGGAAAAAUGGGGUUCACGAUGGGCCUGAACAUGCUCCUCUUGAUGGCUAUGGUAGCCACCAACAUCCUCUCUCUCUACCAUCUCUCCUCCAACAUCCAGUCCCAGUCUUCCGCCCCGCCACUCCCUCCCGUCCCGGACCACCUCCUCCGCCAGCUCCAGACCAUACGCGCCACCAUCAGCCACCUCACUUCCCUCCACCAGCCCAAUCCUCCGUCUUCCGACAAGAAGGCUUCCCCGGCUAUCCCCUCCGAUCUUCUUCUCUACGCCCACAUGUCUCCCAUUGCUUCUGCUUGCAAAGACUACCCAGAUUUGCUCCACCAGUACAUGAAUUACACCCCCUUUCACCUCUGCCCCUCCGAUUCCGCGAUUUCCGAGUCUCUGAUUCUCCGCGGCUGCCACCCUCUUCCUCGCCGCCGCUGCUUCUCCCGGACCACCGCCGCCGCGCCAUCCUCCCUCCCUAGAAAUCCGUUUUCCACUUUGCUGGAAAGUUCUGUCAUUUGGAAGAAUUACAACUGCACGAGCUUCGGUUGCCUGUCCAAGAAAAACCCCCAGUUAGGGUUUGAUAUGAAAAUCGAGCAAUCGAGGUUCUUGUCUUCAAAGUCGGAUCUGGAUCUGUCAAUCUCGCAACUAUUCCAGAUUGCGAAAUCCUCAGGGAGUGUGAUCAGGUUGGGACUGGACAUUGGGGGCGGCACUGGCACCUUCGCGGCCCAAAUGAAGCUUCAGAACGUUACCGUAGUGACCACCACCAUGAAUCUUGGGGCACCCUACAGUGAGGCAGUGGCACUAAGGGGGUUGGUCCCACUACAUGUGCCAUUGCAGCAGAGGCUGCCUGUGUUUGAUGGAGUGAUGGAUCUCGUGAGGUGUGGGCAUGCCGUGAACAGGUGGAUUCCGGUCACUAUGAUGGAAUUCUUGUUCUAUGAUGUGGAUAGGGUGUUGAGAGGUGGUGGGUACUUUUGGUUGGACCAUUUCUUCAGUAAAAGAUUGGAUCUUGAAAAGGUAUAUCGGCCAUUGAUUUGGAAGUUGGGGUACAAGAAGGUGAAGUGGGCUGUUGGAAACAAGACUGAUUCAAGCGGAGUAAAGAAUCAGGAGGUGUAUUUGACAGCACUUCUGCAAAAGCCUCUCUCUAGAUGAGACUUCACCUGAGGUGUGACAUACAACUGUGCAUCUUUUGGCUGCUUGAAUGAAAAAAAGACUCUUUCUGCUCGAUUCUCUUCCAUUCGAAUUCGAAGAAAUCUGCUGCCAUAAUUUGGCAUUGGAAUUAACAGUUGCGGCCGAUAGAAAGAAGAGAUUAUGUAUGAGAAGGUAAGGUGCAUUUCUUUUCUAAAAGGUUUUACUAUAGGGAAAUGAGUGUAGGUAUGUUCUUUACCAGAACUUGUGCUAUUGUAUCAUUAUGCCACCACCUCAUUUUGUUUUG